CGAAGCAGAAAAGGUAUCCUCGUCCUUCACUCUUCUUCACUCUCUCUUCAGGUCGAGCAGCCUUCGCGCUCGAUCGACGACGACGACCACCACAUUUCCCUGAAUCCGUCGCUCCUUCGAUCUCCGCAGAACAGAAACAUGAGGGAAAUCCUGCAUGUACAAGGUGGACAAUGUGGAAACCAGAUUGGAUCAAAGUUCUGGGAAGUGGUAUGUGAUGAACAUGGGAUUGAUCCAACUGGAAGGUACGCAGGGACCUCAGAUCUGCAGUUGGAGCGUGUGAAUGUCUAUUUCAACGAGGCUUCCUGCGGGCGAUUCGUGCCUCGUGCUGUGCUCAUGGAUCUUGAGCCUGGUACAAUGGACAGUGUGAGAACGGGUCCAUAUGGCCAAGUCUUUCGCCCUGACAACUUUGUUUUUGGGCAAUCUGGUGCUGGAAAUAACUGGGCCAAGGGACAUUACACUGAAGGAGCUGAGCUCAUUGAUGCGGUUCUUGAUGUAGUGCGCAAGGAGGCUGAAAACUGUGACUCCCUUCAGGGUUUUCAAGUCUGCCACUCUCUUGGAGGUGGCACUGGAUCUGGGAUGGGUACUCUACUGAUUUCUAAGAUCAGGGAGGAGUAUCCUGACAGGAUGCUGCUUACUUUCUCCGUCUUUCCAUCACCGAAGGUCUCAGACACUGUUGUGGAGCCAUACAAUGCCACCCUUUCAGUUCACCAACUCGUUGAAAAUGCUGAUGAGUGCAUGGUGCUCGACAACGAGGCUCUUUAUGACAUCUGUUUCAGAACGCUUAAGCUAACCACUCCAAGCUUUGGUGACCUGAACCAUCUGAUAUCUGCGACCAUGAGCGGGGUAACAUGCUGCCUCAGGUUCCCCGGUCAGCUGAACUCAGACCUGAGGAAGCUCGCAGUCAACCUCAUCCCCUUCCCCCGACUCCACUUCUUCAUGGUCGGAUUUGCCCCUCUCACCUCCCGUGGCUCACAGCAGUACCGAGCACUCACCGUCCCAGAGCUCACCCAACAGAUGUGGGAUGCCAAGAACAUGAUGUGCGCAGCCGACCCCCGCCAUGGCCGCUACCUCACGGCCUCGGCCAUGUUCCGGGGGAAGAUGAGCACGAAAGAAGUCGACGAACAAAUGAUCAACGUCCAGAACAAGAACUCGUCCUACUUUGUGGAGUGGAUCCCAAACAACGUGAAAUCUAGCGUGUGCGACAUCGCUCCACGAGGCCUAUCCAUGGCGUCGACCUUCAUAGGGAACUCGACAUCGAUCCAGGAGAUGUUCAGGCGGGUGAGCGAGCAGUUCACGGCGAUGUUCAGGAGGAAAGCGUUCUUGCAUUGGUACACUGGGGAAGGUAUGGACGAGAUGGAGUUCACGGAGGCUGAGAGCAACAUGAACGAUCUCGUCUCGGAGUAUCAACAGUACCAGGACGCCUCGGCAGAAGACGAGCUCGAGUACGACGACGAAGAAGAGGAGGAAGGCAUGGGCGAGAUGUGAUUUGAUGAGUAAGUUUGAAGUUUGUGUGUGUGUGUGUUUGUGUCCAUCACUUGGUAAAUUUCUACGGAGAGGUGAUUUGUGUGUGCGUUUCCUGAUAUUUCUGCGUAUGUACCGUUUCAACAUCUGUGGUGUCUGGUUAUUUCCUUCGUUCAUUUCA